AUGGAUGUUUGGAUUGUUGCUGCAGCAGCUGGUGCUGGGUAUGUAGCUCAGUAUUUGAAGAAUCUUUCGCCGGCUAAAAAUUAUUUGUCAGAUUUAUCUUCUGCUAAUGCUGAUUCUGAUAGAUCGAACGAUGAAGAGAAGCGCUGCUCCUUCUGCAGUGCCUUUUUGAAAAAUAAGCUUGUGAAAGAUGUUUGUAGAGAAGAAACUAAGGUUUCUCAAGAGGCUUCAGCAGCAGAAAUGGCUUCUACAAGUGAGUUUGGAGGUGAAAAUAUGGUAGCAUUGGAAAACCUAAUGAUUUGCAGUACAUCUCCCAAUUCAAAUUUAUCACCGGGGGUUAUGAACAAUGAAGAUGUGCUAGAGGAUUGGGAAGGCAGAGGACUGAACAUUGAUGAGUUAUACAAGGAGCAUUCGGGAAUUGAAGAAUACACCUUUAGUUCAACUCAUUCACCUUGCAAACCAACUGUACGGCCUUUUGUAGUUACUGAUGGGAGCAGAAUAAUCAGCAGAGCUGGUUAUGAAUCCUUUAGUUCUCCAACUGGAACAGGGAAAUAUAACUUGCACGAAAGGACUUAUUCACAAGAUGGGGAGGUUGUUCUAGGAAUUCCUGGACUACCUAAAGUUGCAUUAAUGGAGUGCCGUAAUAAAGCUAAAACUGGAAAGGAGAAGGUUACAAGAUCGAGCAAUUCUAGUAGAAUGGUCAAUGGAAAUACCAAUAAUUCUCCUGAAGGAUCACCUGGUGGAGCUCUUAAUUUCUAUCGUGGAUUCUCUAUUGGCAUAAUAUCAUCUUUCUUGGCACAUAAAAUGGAAAUAGAAAAACUGAGUACCUUGUUAAGGCAGACUGAGAACCUUGUUCAAGAUCUGCAGGAAGAACUUGAAAUGAAAGAUUUGUUGACAAUGAAAGAGCUCGCUGUAGAAAAUUAUGAAUCACAGGAUAUGCACGACGACUCUUACUACAAAGAGGCAGUGGAUGCAUUUACCCCUGAACAGAAAGUGGACGACUCAACAGAGUAUUGUCGUGAAGAAUAUGGUGACCAGAAGGCAGAGGACUUAUCUUUGAGUAACAUUGAAGCAGAGCUUGAAGCUGAGCUGGAGAGGUUGGAAUUAAACAUGAGUUCAUCUAAGUUGGAAAAGAAAAUAUCUAAUUUAGCGGAGGUUGACAAAGAUUUCAUAGCAGAUGAUGUUGAGGGAGAGUUGAGAGCCGACUUGUUUGACAAACCUGAUGUUGAUCAGGAUCAAAUUGGUUGCUCAACCCCCUGCUCCGUCCACUAUGCGGUCUCCCCAAGAGAGCUGAGUUUGCGGUUACAUGAAGUCAUUCAAUCCCAACUCGAAGAACGUGUCAAGGAGCUCGAGAUUGCACUUCAGAACAGUCAGAGGAAGAUGAAAUACGCUGAAUCCAAGAAUGCACCUCGUUGGAGCGAAUUUUCUAACAACGGAGAAGGAUCUUAUGAAGAUGCAUCUACAGACGAGCCUGUGAUUAUAAAUUUAUCAGGGGAAGCUCUUGCUGCAUACAAUGAGGCUUAUGACGAGUUUGCAAAGGUAGCCAAGUCGGAUGAAGAGGACACGCCAUCUGGGCUUGAGGAGGGCAACGAGCAAGAAAUAUUUCAGGAUGGGCAGCACGUUCGUAAUGGGGGCUCAAACCAUUACACGCGACAUUCCUUUGUUAAUGGAAGCCCACCAUUGUUAUCGAAUCAUAGAGACGACAUCAUAUGUAGCACAGAUAAGAAUGGAGAUGGUGAAGAAGAGAUGGAGAGGCUGUUGAUAAGGCAAAUUGUAGAGCGAGCUAGGAAAGGCUCUCCUGUAAUUUCAAACGCUCAUAUAGCAUUGUUUUCAACUGAUGAGUACCAACAUUAA